AUUCUUCUCACUCUUCAUCUUGUCACGCCACUCGCUGACCUCACGCCUUACCAAAUGAGGCUUUUCGUUGCGCUUGCAGCGCUGGGCACCAUGCUCUUCGCUUCCCCCACAGUGGCGUACGACGCCCAUCGCGUUGGAGAUCUUCCCGGGCUCAAGCAGGAAGACGUCCCGUUCUCACAUUUUGCCGGCCAACUACACUUGCCCACACCUACCAAGGAGAAGCUGUUCUACUGGUAUGCAGAGUCGCGACGCUCUCCAGAAAGUGACCCCAUUGUGCUCUGGCUGAACGGCGGCCCGGGCUGUGCGUCGUCCGAGGGUUUCUUCACUGAAAACGGCCCGUUCGUCGCCAAGCGCGACGGGACGGUGGGGCUCAACCCGUAUGGGUGGAACGCCCGUGCCAACAUUGUGUGGGUGGACUCGCCCUCAGGAGUCGGCUUCAGCCAGCCCCUGCAGGCUGCCGCUGACUAUUAUAACGAUGACGUCGUGGCGGACCGGCUUCGGCUGUUCCUCCGCGAGUUCUUCAAUAAAUACCCGGAGCUCCAGGGUCGUGAAUUCUACGUGACCGGCGAGAGCUAUGCCGGCAUGUACAUUCCGUACUUGGUGGAGCGUCUGGUGGACGAUCCGCUGGAAGGUGUAAACCUCAAAGGCUUUGCUAUCGGCAACCCACUCACGGACAUGGAGAUCGACGGCAACGCGUACAUGGACUACUACUAUUCACACGCCCUCAUUUCGCGCGGAGAUUACUUUACGCUCCUCGACUACUGCAACCACGAUGUAGCGCAGUGCAUGUUCACGGAUGUCAACUGCACUUCGCGCUGUGAAGAGGCUGUGUUGAAAGCUCAUGAGGCUGCGGACACGGGAGAGUUUAACCACUAUUACAUCUACGGCGACGUGUGUCACAUGAAGAACAAACAACGUAGUGCUCUGCACUCACAUCUGCUUGACAAGGUGGGCCCGAAGAUCCAGACUUACCGCGGAGUUGUGGGGCCGUGCGCCGGUGACUUCACCGAGACUCUACUGAACAGACUGGACGUGCAGGAAGCGUUGCAUAUUGAAGGCAAACUACCCAUGAAGUGGGUGGACUGCCAGCCGUACAUCUCGCACAACUUCGACCGUACAUUCUCGUCAUUGGACAAGUACCGGAAGCUACUUGGCAACGACCUGAAGGUCCUCAUUUAUAGUGGCGACGCCGAUUCGGUUGUCAACUUCAUCGGCACUCAGCGCUGGAUUACGGAGGAUGACGGUCUUGCACUGAAGCCUGCGUCGCCGUGGCGUGCAUGGCUUGGUCCGGAUGACCAGAUCGCCGGUUACCACCAGCGGUUCGAGCUCGGCCUUACGUUUAAGACCGUCAAGGGUGCCGGUCACAUGGUUCCCGCUGUGCGUCCGCUCCACGGUCUUCACCUCUUCGACUGCUUCAUCUUCGGCGACGACAAGUGCACCGCAAUUUCGUACCCGACUGAUCCGUUCGAGCGUGACGCCGCUGGAGGUAAAUUUGAAUCUGCCAGCAAGAAGGAAGAUGAAGAUGAACGCCGCGAUGCCACUCUGGCACUGCAAACCCGCGCGACCGUCUCGCAAUCCAAUGCAACGGCAGAGACGGCAUCAGGCGCCACCGUGUCCCUCUUCGUCGGCUGUGCAUUCCUCAUCCUGGCGGCAACGGUCUACGCGCGCCGUCGCCGUCGACAGAAUGGACUCCGUCGUCAGCAGUAUAACCCCAUUUAGACUUGAGAAGUGGUUCAAACUAUGUUGACAAUGAAGACAUAUAAAAGCGAUUCUAGCUU